UGGUAACUCUAUUUUUAGGUGUAGUUGAAACACUGUUUAUUGAAAAUGCUGCCUAUAAUUUGCCUGAGUUUAUUUCUGAUAAUUUUUCUCUGUUGGAAACCUUUGCGAAAAAGGUCGAACUACCCACCAGGCUGUGAUGGAAUGCCGUUCCUCGGUUGUUUGCCUUUGCUCGGCGUUCACCCUGCAAAUACAAUCAUGAAGUGGUCAAAACGUUACGGCGACGUAUUUUACGUCAAGUAUGCAAUGCAAAACGUCAUUAUGUUGAAUUCCUUCGAAUCGAUUAAAGAAGCGUUGGUAAAGCAAGGUCACGUGUUUUCAGGUCGCCAACAUACGUUUAUAACUGAGUUCACAUCCGGGAACGCUGGUCUUGGGUUCCUGGAUUAUGGGGCUGUGUGGAGAAGCCAGCGUCGGUUUGGGUUGGCGACAUUACAUGAGUUUGGGAUGGGCAGGAGGUGUAUGGCUCCUAAGAUCCUUGAGGAAGCUGACCUCAUGUGUGAUGAGAUGUUGAAGCAUGGAG